UAAAAACGCAUUUGUAGUGACCCCCUGGGGCGGAGUUGUAAUCGAAAGUGUGCACAAAACCAUAAAUUAUUAUUUUUUGUGGUUUGUAUGAACCAAUUUAGUGUGUUUCGCAUAGUUACGUUGGCCCUCCUUGUUGUUUGUUUACACGUCAUCUGUCAAACAACGAAAGCGCAGCAGCCCCUAAAUAUGACGAAAGAGCAAAUGCGGGCUUUGAUCCUCGUGGGGGGCUACGGUACGCGCCUCCGCCCCUUGACUCUAAGCCGGCCUAAGCCCUUGGUGGAAUUCGCCAACAAGCCGAUUCUCCUCCACCAGAUGGAAGCCCUCGUCGAGGCCGGCGUCACGGAAGUCAUCCUCGCGGUGUCUUACCGAGCCGAACAGAUGGAACAAGAGUUGAAAGCCGAAGCUGUCAAAUUAGGAAUAAGUUUGAUUUUUUCACACGAAAGUGAGCCUUUAGGGACUGCGGGGCCCAUUGCCUUGGCCCGGGAGCAUCUCCUCAAGAGUCCGAAGCCGUUCUUUGUUCUCAAUUCCGACAUUAUUUGUGAUUUUCCCUUCAAAGAAUUGGCCAAGUUUCACAGGGAUCAUGGACAGGAGGGGACCAUUGUCGUAACCAAGGUGGAGGAGCCCUCCAAGUAUGGGGUGGUGGUCUACGAUGAGAAACACUGCAUCGAGAGCUUCGUGGAGAAGCCUCAGGAGUUUAUUUCGAAUAAAAUCAAUGCAGGCCUAUACAUCCUGAACCCGAGUGUGGUGAGCCGAAUCCAGCUGCGCCCCACCUCUAUCGAGAAGGAGGUGUUCCCCGACAUGGUCUCCGACCAGCAAUUGUACGCUUUCGAGCUGCAGGGCUUCUGGAUGGACGUGGGCCAGCCGAAGGACUUCCUCACCGGGAUGUGUCUCUACUUGAAGGAUUUGCGUACGAAAAACGCCGACAAGUUGUAUAAAGGCCCCGGCGUGGUGGGCAACGUCCUGGUGGACCCUUCGGCGAAGAUCGGCCCUAAUUGUCAAAUCGGUCCGAAUGUGACGAUAGGUCCAGGAGUGGUGAUUGAAGAGGGUGUCUGUGUGAAGAGGUCGACGAUUUUGAGGGAUGCUGUCAUUAAGUCGAAUUCGUGGUUGGAGAAUUGCAUCGUGGGGUGGAGAUGCUCGGUGGGGAAGUGGGUACGAAUGGAGGGGACGACAGUCUUAGGGGAGGAUGUCAUCGUCAAAGAUGAAACGUAUAUCAAUGGGGGACAAGUCCUCCCGCAUAAAAAUAUCACCGUGUCGGUGCCAGAGCCCCAGAUCAUCAUGUAAAUUGUUAUUUUAUUUUAAUCUGCGAUUAUUUGUUUUUAAUAAAGGAUUUUUACAGUG